ACAAGCCAAACGAAAACAAUUGUCAUUUAUUAACUGUAUUCAAAAAUGUAAAGAAAAUUUGCGCGCCUAUUUUAUUUAAUAUUUUUGCACAAUUAAACAUUCUCAUACGAAAUAUUCCACUAUUUCAACAAAUAUGGCAAAUAUGUGGCAUGAUAAGCGAACUUAUGUAGACGAAAAUAAGUUUGUAUCGGCGAAAUUACACCAGGUACACCCAAGGGUGCAUUCCGUUAAAAAGAAGCAAGUUUUUGGCGAACUAAAAAAUGUAAUUCACAAUCAGAUUGGCGUUACUCCCCUGAAAGGAGAUGUAAAAGAAACUAAUUUGUUGCACGCGAAUAAAGGCGUCAGAUGUAAUGACAAUGGCGUUACAAACAAAAAAUCCUGCUUUCAAAAUGAAGGGGGAAAUAAAUUUACUCUAGAUCCCAAUGAAUUAUUCGAUUUAUUUGAUUUCCCAAAAUCGUGUUGUACGGAAAGUUGCACUAAAAGCGACGAGGAGAUAUGGACCGAAUAUUAUGGUGGAGUUGAUGAAGUUGCUUUGGUGAAGGUUAUGGAGAAAAUACGGAGUGGCGGUUCUAUAUUAGAUUUCGAUGAGAAAUCAAACAGCGACAUUGAGGAAUUUUACGAGCCGGAGGAAGAUUUUAGUAAUUUGCUAACAAAAUCUAUUAAGCCUCAUUUGUAUUUGGAGGAUUAUGACGACGGUGAUUUUCCGUCAUGUGCCGCUGAACUACCUAAAUUUGAUGUUUUUAAUGAUAUACUUAUGAAGUGCUAAAUGUAAUUGCGAGUAGUUGUUCAUAAGUAAUAUUCCUGAAAUUUCAUUUAUUCAUUAUUUUGAAUUUAUGUACAUAUUCAUUUAUACUUAUUAUAUAAAAUGUGUUAUAUUCUCAAUUCUGUUCAUAAAUAAACGCUCAAUUGGAAA